AGUAGCAGCGGUGGCAGCAACGGAGACUAGCAGCGGUGGAGAGAGAGGGAGAGAGAGAAGGAAGGGAGGGAGGGAAGGAAGUCAGGCCGGAGGUACAUGGUAUUGACUGCGUUGGAGGCAGCUGUACUACCCUCACCAUUUUUAACCCAUUUCUCAGCCACAAGCGAUCAUUUCCAAUCCCUCAGUACGGAAAUCAGGCGUAGGGGGGAACAAAACGUGCAUCGGGUCGCAUAUUUACCGGGUGAAAACGCUUAGAAACACUCAGUACACGGCCGUAAAGAACGCUAUAUAGAUCACCGGUAAUUUCAAAGUUAUCCAGUGGGUGACGCGCCGUGGAGGAGGGAGCGAGAAAGAGAGGGAGAGAGAGAGAAAAAGAGAAAGAGAGAGACCCAUGGCGUGGUCCGGAAUUCUCGUAGCUCUGGCACCUUCAUUGUGUAACUCCCUCCCUCCUCUCUUGUCAUUUGUGCGACUUAUCUCAGCGGCCAGCAGUUGAAGUGGUGCUAGAAGGAGCGAAUAAAUAAACCGAGAAAACUAGAGACAUUGCAGAGGCAGCCACGGACGCACCUACGGCCCCAGCCACCCACGGACACCGAACACCUAAGGAAACUCCUCUGCUCCCCCUCACCCCCCAGCACACACAAGACACAAGUUACCAGCUAAAACGAAGCGAAACUAGAAGACACCUUACAAGUGUGGUAAAUAUUUCGCAUUAUUGUGCAAGGAAGGAGCAGCGAGAAGUGUGUGUGUGCGGGUACCUGCUGUCCAGUCACUCAGUUCACCUCUGCUACACCCGCUGACUGUCAGGAUUUCACCACAACUAGAGAAAGAAGUGAUGAUAAUAAUAAUAAUACCUGUGGUGGCGUAAAUUAAGUGAUUUUUAGUGUGAUUGUGAUGGAAAUUAUGUACCACCACCACCACCACUACUACUACUACUACUACUACAAGGCGUAAAGGUGCGGGGGUUAACAGAUGCAAUACAUGUGAUGCUUGUUUAUGUGUGGAAAUUAGUGAGUGAAAAGUUAAAAGUGACAUAUCAACUGGGGUUCAAUGUAUUCAGUGAUGUGAAGAUGGAUUGUACAGACAGUGGGAAGAGAAGGAUGGCUGAUUGGAUAAGACAACAGCAGCUAUGAGAAAGAAUGCAACUGUGACUGAAAAAACGAGGACGACACGAUGGGCAGAAUGGACAAGAGCCGCGAAGGGGAACGAGGGGAGAAGCCCCACUCAGGGCUGCCUCCCGGAAUGGACCCAGCCACCGCAGCCCUCUAUGCCAACAUGUUCGGGAGCGGCAGCCUGGGAGGGUUUAAUCCAGCAGCAGCGGCGGCAUCAGGACUGCAGGGGUGGGGAGGGCUGCCCCUGGCUUCCCCCACUAGCUCUGCGGCAGGCCUGGCCAGUCUGGCAGCGGCACAGCAGGCACAGCAGGCGGCGGUGUUGGCGGGGCUCGGGCCAGCAGCAGCUGCCUACCAGGACCGGGCACUAGGCGCUUGGUGGAAUCUGGCGGGACUGCAGCAGAUGGAGCUCCUGGCACGGCUGCAGGGGGGCCUCGGGAGCAGCGGUGGGAGUGCUGCGGCGGCGGCAGCGGCAGCCAGCAUGGGGGGCUAUGGGGGACUGCAUCCAGAGCACCUCAUGAACCUGGAGAUAUUGCAGGCACAGCACGCCGCUGCCAUGGGCCGCCCGCACUCUCCACCAGCAAAGCCAGCACUGCCAGCACCUCCUCCAAAGUGUCCCACAGCAGCAAGAACGGCAGUGGCCCCAGCAGUGGCUCCAAGGGCAUCACCAGCACCCUGAGCUACCGCGGGGGCGCCUCCACCACCACCACCACCUACUCCGCCCGCAGCCAGGACCACCUCAGCAGCUCCUCGCGCCCUGGGUUGGAGAUCAGUCGCCUGGCAGCUUCCUCCACCACCUCCUCUUCCACUCCUGCCUC